AUGGGGCUCUAUAGCUGGCAAGCUCAGGAAGGCACUCAGCCUGGUCUUUUGCUCCCUCCGACAGACCUGCCAGUCAGCUGCUACGAUGCCGCCGAAGAUGCCAAGUCAGCGCGCCCUCCAAGCCCUCGACCGCCACCGAUCCGGAGGCUGCCGAUGACCCACGUAGUCGGCAUCGAUGCCGGCGGCAGCAAGACCCUGGCGUUGCUCGCCGAUCACCGGGGGAAGGUACUCGCCGAAGCCCGGGUGGGCGGGGUCAACCUGCACGGCGAUGGACCCGCCAGUGUCGAGCGCCAACUGGCCGCGGUGCUCGCCGAGCUGGCGCCGCCGCCACUCGCCGGGUUGUGUCUCGGCAGUGCCGGAGUGGGUCGGCCCGAGGAUCGCCGAACGGUGGAGCAAAUCCUGCUUCGCUUGCCGGCUGUACAGUGCCCAACUUGGGUCGAAAGCGAUGCCGCCGUCGCCUUGUGGGCCGGAGCGUCGGAUGGGCUCGGCAUCGUGGUGAUCUCCGGUACCGGCUCGAUUGCCUUCGGUGUCGAUGCGGCCGGCAAUACGGCGCGGGCCGGUGGCUGGGGCUACCUGCUCGGCGACGAGGGCUCGGCCUACUGGCUGGGACACGCCGCCCUGCGCCGCGGCAUCCGUGCCGCCGAUGGCCGCGGGCCGGCGAGCAGUUUCGGCGAGCGAGUCUCGCGGCACCUCGGUAUUUCGGUGCCGAGCGGCCUAGUGCCAUGGUUCUACGAUCAAGAGCACCCUCGACAGACCAUCGCCGAACUGGCGCCGUUGGUUGAGCAAGCAGCCUCCGAGGGCGACACCGCCGCCGCGGAGCUGCUCGACGAGGCGGCGCUGCACCUAGCUCGGGCAGCGCGCUCGGUGGCGCGGCAGUUGAAAUUCGACCGGCCCUUUCCGGUGGUCUUUGCCGGCGGUGCUUUCCGCGGCUGUCCGAGUCUCGGCGAACGCCUGUGCAAGGUCCUCGAACUGCCUUCGGCCGAGCCCCGGCAGCUCGAUGUGGAGCCGGCGGUGGGGGCGGUGUACCUAGCUCUCGAGAAGCUGCAGCAGGAGUGA